UGAGAUUGUUUAAACAUGGCGGCCCCCAUGUAAAUCCUUGAGUAAACAUUCGUUUAAAGAAUAAUCUUUAUUUCUUUCUCCUGCUGUCGUUUGCAAGCACAGCAACAAGAUGUUUCAUUUUGCACGUUGCAGUCGAUUGACACGCAACACUGUCACAUCAGACAGAUUGUUGUGCUCCAUUAAAACAAGAGAUGUUUUCAUCCACUGCAAGCGACGUGGCCAACACACAGUACAUUGGAGCGGUUCUCCAAACCCAGUCAGUGCUCCACUUCGCAUCUGGAGCCAAGCCCAGAAAAUUGUCCGUCUUGCAUUCAGACAGCAGCCCAGGCGGUCAAAUCUCUCUCUAAAAUUCAUAUUCGGCCCAGCUGCUCUGACGGUGACUGCACGUCUGUUUAGUAGUGUAGCUCACUGCCAUGCAGAUGUGAAUACUAAUGUACAAGUUAAAGUUCAGGGUAAAGAGACUGUUCCUGAGUUCAGCUGGGCUGUUCUUUGGGAGUUCGUUCGGCCACAGCUUCUGGCCUUAAUUGGAGCCAUCAUUCUUGCAUUUGGAGCGGCAGCCCUUAAUAUUCAGAUUCCAUUGAUUUUGGGAGAUUUGGUGAAUGUUGUCGCUCGUCACAUGAGAGAACAAGCAGGACAAUAUAUGAGAGACAUUCGUGCACCUGCCAUGAAGCUUCUGGGACUGUAUGCUUUACAGGGACUUUUGACCAGUGGCUACAUCGUUCUUCUGUCCAGAGUUGGAGAAAGAGUGGCUGCUAACAUGAGAAAAGCUCUCUUCACAUCUUUGCUUCGACAAGAUGUUGCAUUUUUUGAUGCAAACAAGACCGGGCAGCUGGUUAAUCGCCUCACAUCAGACAUCCAGGAGUUCAAAUCUUCCUUCAAGCUGGUCAUUUCUCAGGGCUUGCGGAGUGCCACACAAACAGUGGGUUGUUUUGUCUCGCUGUACUUUAUCUCUCCGAAGCUCACGGGUCUCACUGUGGUGGUCCUGCCGUGUCUUGUAGGUGCCGGUGCCCUCAUUGGCUCUUUUCUUCGUAAACUGUCACGAAAAGCACAAGAGCAGGUUGCUAAAGCUACAGGGGUGGCAGACGAGGCUCUUGGGAACGUGCGGACUGUGAGAGCAUUUGCCAUGGAGGACAGAGAGCUAGAGAUGUAUGCAGCUGAGGUCGAGAAAUCUGCUACGAUGAAUGAAUCAUUGGGCACAGGAAUCGCCGUAUUUCAAGGCCUGUCUAACAUCGUCCUGAACUGUAUUGUUUUAGGCACUAUUUUUGCUGGCGGAACAUUGAUGGCCCAUAAUGACAUGUCGCCUGGUGAUCUGAUGUCAUUUUUAGUCGCCUCCCAAACGGUUCAAAGAUCUCUUGCCAGCAUUUCAAUUCUGUUUGGACAGAUGGUUCGAGGUAUGAGCGCAGGAGCUCGUGUUUUUGAGUUUUUGACUUUAGAGCCGACCGUUCCACUGACGGGAGGCGGUCGGAUUCCUCACAUGUCUCUGACAGGAAGAGUUGACUUCAUGAACAUCUACUUCAGUUACCCGACAAGACCUGGCAACCAGAUUCUUAAAAACUUUAGUCUGACUCUACCUCCCUGUAGAACCGUCGCUAUUGUAGGAGAGUCGGGUGGAGGCAAAUCCACUGUGGCCGCUCUAUUGGAGCGCUUUUAUGACCCCAGUAGUGGAGUGGUAAUGCUGGAUGGACUCGACAUCAAAACACUGGACCCGUCCUGGCUAAGAGGACAUGUCAUUGGCUUUAUUAGUCAGGAGCCUGUUCUUUUCGGCACAUCAGUAAUGGAAAAUAUCAGGUUCGGAAAGCCCAAUGCUACAGACGCUGAGGUCAUAGCUAGUGCCAAACAAGCCAAUGCUCAUAAUUUCAUCACAGGCUUCACAGAUGGAUACAACACAGUGGUUGGUGAACGUGGAGUGACUCUCUCUGGAGGUCAGAAGCAGCGGAUUGCCAUCGCUCGGGCCUUGAUCAAAAACCCCAGCGUUCUGAUUCUGGAUGAAGCCACCAGCGCUCUGGAUGCAGAGUCGGAGCGGGUGGUUCAGGAGGCUUUGGACAGGGCCACAUCGGGUCGCACCGUUCUGAUUAUCGCUCACCGCCUCAGCACCAUUCAAGGGGCCGAUCUCAUCUGCGUCAUGAGCAACGGACGUAUCGUUGAGGCUGGAACGCACCUGGAUUUAUUGAGCAAAGGAGGACUGUAUGCCGAGCUUAUAAAGAGACAACGGUCCAGUGGUCAAAAAUGAGAUGUGGUUUGUGCUCAGAUCAGCCUGACAUUUUGGGUUACGGUGCUAUUCAAAGAAUUAUGAGAAAUUACUGAACAAAUGCAAAUUACACAUAAAAUGCCAUUUGAUUCUCUGUCAUAGUGAAUGAGGUUUAUAUGGAAAAUAUAUUGUGUUUUUUGAGUCUGAUAUGUCAGAGAUGUAUAUAAGCAGAAUUUAAAUGCUUUUACAUUAUGUUUUAAUCUCUCAAACCCUAGACUGUAGGUAUUUAAUUUUUUUUUAUUAAAGGUUCGAUUAGAAUUAAAUGUAUUUUAAUUUAUAAUUUAUAUUAUUAAUUGAGACCACUGUGAUGCUCGUCUUACAUGAAAAUU